CAGCGCGGUAGUUAGUUAAAUGCAGCCGCCAAGAAGUAAAUAACAAAAAAUCAAGUAAUUAAAUGUGGUUUUAGUGUUUUACAAGAAAUGGCCAAGAAGUGGUACAAGUAAUUAAUAACGAGAUGCCAAAAACAAUGAUAAAGUGUUUUAAAUAAUAAUUGAAAUAGAAAAGCUUAAAGAAAUAUGCAAAUGGAAAACAAGUGAUGGUGAAAAAAGUUAAUAAGACAAAUUAAAGCAUGUUUAAGUGAGAUUUGUGUUUAAAAAAAAAACAGACCUGUCUAUGUUAUAAACUAUUUAUUUAUGGAGUAAACAAAUAUUCACUUACUAGAGUCGGAGUCAAACACACAACAACAACAGCAACAACAACAACCACGGCAACAGUCCCAGAGUCACACACAAGACAUAAACGUAGUCGUAGUCGUCGUUCGCAGUCUGUUUUAGUUAUUGGAUCAGCAGAGUUGUAGUAUGUCGUUUAACGUUGCCACCGCCGCUUACGAUUUAAAUUUUUUAAAAAUUAUUAUAAAAUAGUUAAUUGAAAAAACAACAACCAAAAAAAAUUAUUAAAAUUUUUUAAUUCAGUUUCAACAAUUUAUUUGAAAAAGAGAAAAAUACUAACGUAAUUUUGUAACUUAUGGAUAUUUGAUUUUAUUAAAUUUUGCACACUUGUUGUUACUUGCUGUGUGUGAGCAAGACUGUGUUUGUGCAAAGUGUGAUUUUUAUGAUUUGUUUACACUAACAAGUUGCUGUUCGUUCGCUGGUUCGUUCCACAUGUCAUCAUCAUACAUGUUACAAAUCUAUAACAACUCAACUUUAAAAUAACAAACACCUUCCUUCCGUCCAAUAUAAAGAGAACAACAAAUAUCAACAACAUCAAGCUAUAAAUGUUAAUUUAGUUUGAAAAACAACAACACACCUAACAAAAACAAAUAAAUAUCUCUUUAACAUAUGUAUGUAGUUGUGAAUGUGUGAAAAUAAAAUUAUAUAUUAAACUAAUUAAAAAGAUAAAGAACAUCUUUUAAAAGAAAAAAAAAUAAAAAAAAUUUUAAAUUUUGUUUUUGAAAUUUGAAAUUUAAAAAGUGUGUAAAGUGUUAAAAAUCUAAAUUAAAUGUUUUCACUAUGGCUGCUGCUGCCGCUACAACAUCCUCAUCAUUUUCAUCUUUAUCUAACAACUAUCUACAAAUAUGUCGCAUUUGCAUCACAUCGGCAGCAUCACCUUCUCCAAAUGGCAACAGCAAUAAUAAUGCCACACAAAUGAUUUCAAUAUUUGGUGAAGAUUCAUUAUGGAAAAAAAUCACCACUCUAGCUGAUGUUAAGAUCGAACGUGGCGAUACCCUACCGCAACAAGUCUGUCUAACAUGUGCCAAAAACACCAUAUCGGCCUGUCUAUUCAAAAAGAAAUGUGAAGAUGCCGAUAAUUUCUUCAGACAACAACUCUUAAUACGUAAAAUAGAAAGUAAAUCAGAUCAAACAAAUACCCUAGAAUCAGAGGAGGAAGAUGAUGAAAUUGAAGAAAAUGAAAUAAUAAAUGGACAACAUCAUCAAAAUGCCCCUCAAAAAAGUGACGUGGAAGAGGAACCAGAAUUAAAUGAACAGAUUUAUAAACAUCAUCUACAGAGACAAAUAAAUGGCGAUCAUAGAUUAGAGAGUAAUGGUGAUCAUAAUGAUCAUGAGGACGAUGAUGAUCAGCCUCAUAAUGAUGUGGUAGAAGAUGAUGGUGAAAUAAAAAGUGCCAAUGGACAAAAACCUGCAUUUGAUUUUAACUCAAUACGUUUGAUGCACGAGUAUAUGCAACAGCAUUUAAGUAAAUUAAACGGUAUCCAGACUAAUGGUGCAAGUGAUGAUGAGGCUGGCGAAGGCACGGGUAGUGAUACCGAUCAAGAUGAUGAGGAUGAAGAUGGACCGCUGCCAUUAAUACCGGAAAUUGAAUUAAUAACACCAUCAGAAGAUGGAGGCGCAGGCGCUACACUUACUAAUGGUGGUUCAGUAUCAGCUACAGAUGCUGCUGGUGUGACACACAUGCGUGGUUAUCAAUGUCCUCAUUGCUUUCAAAUUUUCGAAAUGAAACAAGUUCUUAAGGCGCACAUGCAAAGUGUACACGGUACUUCGGGGCCCGUCUAUGAGUGUACGAAUUGUAAGAAGACCUACUUUUAUAAACGUUUCCUGGAGAAACAUAUAAGGCGGGGCCGUUGUGUUAAGAAAAGACGUAAUCAAACACGUCCUAUGCAAUGUUCCGACUGCAAUGUGUUAUUCCCUACGGGUCAUCAUUUGGGCUGGCAUAAACGUACUGGCUGUCCUUCAAAAACCGCAAAAAUGCCCUUGCAACAACUUUUCAAACAAAAUAUCGUGCAAUAUAACAAUUUCCCCAGACGCAUUGGCAUUCGCAAACCGGAAAAUGCUAUUUAUCUCCAUAACAGAAAAAUUAUCAUGGCGAAUAACAAACGCAAGGGACGCACUCGCAUCAAGUUAGAUGCGAAGAAAAUUGCCUUGGCCAAACAAUUGAUUCUAAGGGAAGCCACCACCACCGUUAUUGCUAAUGAAUUGAAUAUAUCACGGACAUUUGCCUGGCGUUUGCGUAAAAGUCUUGUCAAUGGCGUCAGUUUACAUGAACGUGUCAUUGAUCCUCCGGAAGAUGAAGAAGAGGAUAAUGAUAACAAUGAAACAGAAAUGGCCGAUAAUGUCCACGACACAUUAGCUGUAGAAAAACCCGAAAAUCAAUUAAAUCAUCAGCCCUUUACCGAACACAUUAAACGUGAACGGCCAGCUACCGAAGACGAAGAGGAUGAGGGUAUUAAUGAUAAUAAUCAAGAAACAGAUAAUGAGGAUCACCAUCAUCACCAACAGCAACUAGAACGACAUCACCUGGAUCUACAACAACAGCAACAAGAACAAUUAUUAAGAGAAAGUAAUAAUUUUAGUAAUGCCACUUCAGUAAUACAACGAACAAAUGAAUUGAAAUUAAAUAAUGCUCAGCAGCAAACACAACAACAACAACAUUUAUCAACUGCAACAACAAACGCCAUAUUAGAACAACAUAAAUUGCACAAUAAAAUAUCUGUAGUACAACAACAAAGACUUAUGGAAAUUAAUAAAAAUGCUCACCUAAAUAAUAACAAUGAUAGCGCUAGCGAUUCGGACAGUGAUAAUGAUGAUGAUGAUCAUCAUCAAUAUCAACGUUCUCAUCAAAUACACGAACAACAACAACAAACACAACAAGAGACUGAACAUGUAAAUAGUCAACAACAAUCUUUAUAUUUACAAAAAUCAACUAAUUUAAAAGAUACAGAAGAUGCUCCUAUAAAUCCCUUGGGCAAUGGUAAAAAAUUACCUCUAUUAAAUCAGAUAUCACCAGCUGUAGCGGCUGCUAUCCACCAAUUACCUGUUAAUCUUUCAAUACGACCGAUUGCUUCUAUGCAGAAUAGUGAAACAUCAUCGAACAACCUCAGUGGUUCAAAGAAGAAACCCCGCAAACCCAACGUUUUUAUAGACGAUGAAAAAUACGCCAUGGCCAAAAUGUUGGUGGCACAAAAUGCCUCAACUAUGGAAAUAGCCAAGGCCUUAAAUGUCUCACAAAUGACUGCUUGGAAAUUAAGAGAUGCCAUAAUAAAAGGAGUACCGCUAUCGUAUCGCAAUAGACGUGAUAUUCGCAUGACCAUGAUGAGACACGAUGAAGACACGGGAAGUGUGUUAAGUGAAGGUAGUGAUACAAGAAGAGAAACUGAUACAGAAAGACAACAACAGGCCCUACUGGUGCAGCAGCAAUUGGACCAUCAGCAAAAAUUGCAGCAACAACAUUUGCAACAGCAACAACAAAUUCAACAAUUGCUACAAAGACAACAACAGUUGCAACAGCAACAACAGCAAUUGGAACAGCAAAAACUUCAACGACAACAGGAGAGAGAACUUGAACAGCAACUCCUACAAAAGCAACAAAAACAAUUGCAACAGCAUACAACAACAACCACCCAACAAAUCCAAUCACCCGAACAAAAACACUCUAAUCCUAGACGUCGCCUUAAGGCCGCCGAACGUGAAGUACGCGAUAAAGAAAUAACACGCGAAAUUUUAGAACUAAUUAAAGAAGAUAACAAUAUACAAUACUGGAAAGUAUCGGCUCGCUUAGCCGAAAAAGGUUAUGCUAUAUCACCUUCUUCCGUAUGUCAAAAAUUAAAAUCAAUGGGUAUACACAGGCGCUGGAAGCCGGGUGAUAAACCCCCUCUCAUCGAUAUGGAACAACUUAAAGGCACUAGUAGUGCCAAUCAUAUCAACAAUAAUAGCAGCAGUAUGGCAGCUUUAGCUACUGCGGCAGCUAAUGCACAAAAUGCAUCAUCGUCGGCCGAUGAAAGUUAUGAGCAGCAAUUCGAUAUGGGUGGUGCUCAUUUCUUGAGUGCCUUUACUACACGUUAGACUUGUCUUGACUUAAGUCUACACCAAUAUCUAGAUUAUUGACUUGACUAUAGUGUAGGCUAAUGUAUAGGCUAUAACCUAGGCUAAUGUCUUGACUAUAUUGUAGACUAUUUUCUUUUCUAUAGCCUAUACUAUUGUCCUGUUUAUAGUCUACACUAUUGUCUAUUGACUAUAGUAUAGGCUAUUGUCCUGACUAUGAUCCAAUCUAGUGACCUGACUAUAGUCUAAAGUUUAGACUCUGAACUAUAGUCCAUGCUAUUGAUCUGUCUUGUAAUUACUAUAGUCUAGACUAGUCCUGACUUUAGUUUAAACAAUUGUCCUGAUUUUAGCCUAGACUAUUGUCCUAACUAUUGUAUUGACUAGACAAUAAUCUAGUCCAAACUAUUGUCCCUAGACUGUUGUCCUGUCUAUAGACUUGACUAUUGUCCUGACUAUAGUCUAGACAAUAAUCUAGUUCAGACUAUUGUCCUGAUUAUAUUCCAGACUAUUGUCCUAACUAUAGUCUAGACAAUAUUGUAGUCCAGGCUAUUGUCCUGACUACAGUCUAGACAAUAGUCUAGUCCGGACUAUUGAACUGUCUAUAGCCUAGACUCUAGACUAUUGUCCUAAUCAUAUUAUUGACAAUUGUCCUGACUAUAGUCUAAUCUAUUGUCCUUUCUAUAGCCUAAAGUAUUAUCCUGACUAUAAUCUAGACAAUUGUCAAGUGUAGACUGUUGUCCUGUCAAGAUUAUUUUCCUGUCAUUAGUUUAGACUAUUGUCCUGUCUGUAAUCUUAACUUUUGUUCAAAUUCUAGUCUAGAAUAUUGUUCUGACUAUAGUUCAGACUAUUCUAGACUUUCCUUUACAGACUAUUGUGCUUUCUGGAAUUUUGUCCUUUUUAGACUAUUGUUCCGAGUAUAGUCUUGAAUAUUGUCCUGACUAUAGUCUAGACUAUUACCCCGACUAUAGUCCCGACUAUUGUCCUGGCUAUAGUCUAGACCAUUGUCCUGACUAUAGUAUCUAUUCUAACUUUAUUCUGGGCUAUAUUGGCUAUGGAUUAGACUUAUGUUUAGACUAUGACCUCGACUAUUAUAAUCUCUAAUAUUAAAGGCGAUAAUUUUUUAGCAGUAUAUAGUAGAAUUAGUUAAACUUGUUGUAGAAGUUGUAGAAAUAUUAGUUAAAAAUUAGGCAGCAUCAUUGACAGCUAAAAAUUAAGUCAUUAUUUCCAUCAACAGACCGAAUUACUUCAUUUGUAGGCGCGGCUAAACCGCAGUCUUAUCCUUCUUGAUAUUACUUUAUGUCAAAGAAGAAUUCUUAUAAAACUUCAUAUGAUAAUGAAUGUGUUAAAUGGUCUUUUGAUUUG